CUUCUUCUUCUUCUUCUUCUUCUUCUUCUUCUUCUUCUUCUUCUUCUUCUGCAGGAUUAAACUGGUCUCGGUCUUUGUCCCGGUGGGGAGUCUGCAGCGUUUUGUCCGGAGUGUUUCUGGAGGGAGUUUAGUCCCGGAGCCGCCGGGAGUCCGGGACCUUUAGCCGGGAGUGCGGGUCUUUCAGCCGGGAGUCCGGGUCUUUCAGCCGGGAGUCCGGGUCCUCCAGCCCGGGGUUCGGGUCCUCCAGCCCGGGGAGCUGCUGCUGCUGGUCCCCUCUCACCGCCCGGAGCAUCCAGACGGACUCACACUGGCAGAAUAUCGAUAGAAUGAUCCCGAGGUGAGCUGACGUCCUGCUGCCUUCGUCUGCUGGAGAAACAAGAUGUCUGCUGCUACCGCCAGGCCGCUGCUCCUCCUCCUCCUCCUCUUCCUCCUCUCUCCCUCAGUCUCCGGGGUGUCCUCUAACUGUGUGAUCCAGAGGGAGCAGGAGAAAUGUCUGGAGAUGAUGGCCUCCGACGACCCGGGGAACGACCCAGAGUUUGGCUGUCCGUGGAUGUGGGACAACCUGACGUGCUGGCAGCCCGCCAGGCUGGGAGAGGUGGUCGAGGUCAACUGUCCUGAACUUUUCUCUCAGUUCAUGAGUGAAGAAGACUUUGAGCUGGGGAAGGUGAGCCGUAACUGCACUGAGCUGGGCUGGUCGGAGACCUUCCCUCAUUACAUCGACGCCUGUCUCUACGAGGAGGGGAACAGCAGCCACCCGGACCUGUACUACGUGUCGGUGAAGGCUCUGUACACGGUGGGCUACAGCACCUCUCUGGUCUCCCUCACCACCGCCAUGGUCAUCCUCUGCAGGUUCAGGAAGCUCCACUGCACCAGGAACUUCAUCCACAUGAACCUGUUUGUGUCCUUCAUCCUGAGAGCGAUCUCCGUCUUCAUCAAAGACGGCGUUCUGUACGCCAAAGAGGACAGCGAGCACUGCUUCAUCCACACGCUGGAGUGUCGAGCCGUGAUGAUCUUCUUCCAUUACUGCGUCCUCUCCAACUACUUCUGGCUCUUCAUCGAGGGGCUCUACCUGUUCACGCUGCUGGUCGAGACCUUCUUCCCCGAGAAGAGAUACUUCUACUGGUACAUCAUCAUCGGCUGGGGAACUCCAACAGUGUGUGUGACCAUCUGGGCCGUGCUGAAGCUGCACUUUGAUGACGACGGGUGUUGGGACACCAACAACAACGCUGCCAUCUGGUGGGUGAUUAAAGGUCCGGUGCUGGCCUCCAUCAUGGUCAACUUUGUGCUUUUCAUCGGCAUCAUCGUCAUCCUGGUGCAGAAGUUACAGUCUCCAGAUAUCGGAGGGAACGAAUCCAGUAUUUACCUGCGUCUGGCCCGCUCCACUCUGCUCCUGAUUCCUCUCUUUGGGAUCCAUUACACCGUGUUCGCCUUCUCCCCCGAGAACGUCAGCAAGAGAGAACGACUGGUGUUCGAGCUGGGCCUCGGAUCCUUCCAGGGCUUCGUGGUGGCCGUCCUCUACUGCUUCCUGAACGGAGAGUAUAUCCCUCAAGGUGCAAUCGGAGAUCAAGAGGAAAUGGCGCAGCUGGACGGUGAACCGGUACUUUGCUGUGGACCUGAAGCACCGGCAUCCUUCGCUGGCGAGCAGUGGCGUGAACGGGGGGACGCAGCUGUCCAUCCUCAGCAAGAGCAGCUCUCAGAUCCGCAUGUCCAGCCUGCAGGCCGAGACCCCGGCCACCUGAGCGCCGCCGCCGCCGCCGGGGACGCCGCGCCCGGACCCGCCCCCUCCGCCGCCGCCUCCUCCGGACCUGACGCCGCCAAACCGGCCACGCCCACCCUCGUCCCCAUGACCAGCCUCGCCAACCCCUUCCUCAACCCGUACCCCAACCCGUACCCCGACGAAACCGAGAUGGAAACCCAACUGAACUCCUGCGACCCGGAACAGCCUCUCGUCUAAACCGACCUCUGACCUCUGACCUGUUGAGUAGCAGAAGCUAGUGUAAACUGAAACAUGUAAAUACCUGUUAGUGUCUCUGAUCAUUCCACUCGUCUGACAAACAGCUGCUUCACAUGUAGAAACCUUAAAGGAGCUCCGCUGAUUGAUCGGUGUGUUCGUCACAUCCAGGCUGUGAUUUAAUGUCCUUCAAACAUUUUGAGCUAAAAACCUGCGUGACAAACUGAGGGCUGAUACGAUACAGUUUGCUGCAGUUUCCAGUGUUUUUUGGAGUUUAAAUCCAUGAUGUCUCAUCGCCUGAUGUACAGUAAAUAAGUUCUGUUUCAUAUGUUGACAACAGUUUAAAGAACGAAGGUUCUCGUUCACAUCAGUGUUAAAAACAGUGUUAAGAUUGAGCUAAAAGUCCACAGAAACUGUUCAGAAAGCUCAGUGUUAUGAACUGUGACUGAGGAGGAAUCUCACCUGGAUCCAACAGGUGAAACGUGGAAAAGCAGUAUUUAUGAGGACAUAUUUUCUUCAUUCAUGUGAAAUGCCAAAAAAAGAGGAAAACCAACCACAGUAGGGUUCUACGAUGACUCUUGUUCUGAGGUUCUCACUACGACCACAAACCUCUUCAGAUCUCAGCUCGUCUUGUUUCAAACAGCCGUUAGUACAGAAAAUGUCAAUGAAAAUCAACUCGUGACUGAAGCAUCAUGAGUUCACCUGCUUGCAUGAAAUUGCAUUUAUCGUCCAUGUGGUUUUGAGAACUUUUUUUUGGUGAGAAUUCAGUGUUUAACUGGGUGUUAAAGUUGACUUUUGUCUAUCAGGCUGUAAAACUCCUGCAGGAAGUGUCACGUCGUACUGGUCCCAGUGAAUCAGCUUCACUGUUUCUGGGUAAAGUUUGUUAAAAAUGAUUUUGAUAAACGAGGGCUUCUUUCAGACAAACCCCUGGUACCACCUCCGUCUUUCUGCAGUUAGUGUCUCUUGUUCAGGAGAUGAUGUUACUUUCCAAGAGAGGAAUUUCAACUCAUUCCAAAGACAAAUGAAGAGUUUCUGCAGGCUGAGUUAGCUGCAGAUGUUUCUAUGGAUCCAUCUUCAGCUCUGCUUUCUGUCUCCAAAAGUGCCUUCAAGCACAAAACAAGUAUUUCUGACUUCUGUUGACAAUUUAAGAGAAAAAAAAGGCAUCUGUCUUUUUAAUUUCAAACGGAACUGCAAAGUAAAGAACGCGGUUGAACAAAGUGCUUUUAUGAUGCUUGAGACUAAAUCAGUAUUUUAAACCUGGAGGCCUUCAAAGUACUUUGACUUGUCAGAACAGAAAGGAUUAGUGUUGGGAAUAAAGCAGUUAAUGUGCAGUACAUGGAUCAAUAAAGCCUCUUUUACUUUUCACAUCUUUAUUUUCUCUAAAAUCACUGGGAGAGGACAAAAGUUUCACUUUCAUUGUUUCAGAGGCUGCACGCUAAAUUUCCACUCAAUGAUUUUUUAAAUUUGAUUAAAUGUCUGAAGUUUCUUUAAAGACAAACUGGAAAACUCUUCUUUGACGAUUUAACAUGAUAAUAAUAUAAAGUUCAGUAUUUCACUCCGUCAGCUGUUUGAAGGCACAAGAAAUGUUGUUUUGGUAAUUUGCAGGUUAAAAAAAACAAACUACAAAAUAAAAUCAUAUUAUUAUUAUUAUUAUUAUUAUUAUUUAAAGAUUGACAGAAGAACAAAAUGAAUCAAGUAUAAAUAAUUUUAAUCAUCGGUUGGUGGUUAAAGUAUGAGCAUGAAAUGUCAUUUCCAUUUAAAAUAUUGUUGUUUUCAGUUUGACUUUUUUUUUAAACAGUCUGGAACCAGAAAGAUUCUGAAACAUUUUCAUUGAAUUGUUUUACUGUUUUCUGUCUGAAUGCAGUUUAUUUAUCUGUUUACCUUCAGAGCAUUUCUUUGUUUUUCAGCAAAAACAUGAUUUAAUGAAUAAAUGUCCAAAAAAUAUUUUGUUCCAUUUAAUGAGGCAUUCUUUUUUUUACCUGCAAAUGACUAAAUUCCUAGUUAGUGGGAGUCCAUGCAGUACUCACAGCAGCCAGCAGGAGGUGCUGUUGGUCCACUUCAUGACACACAUUAAGACAAUCUCACUUUUCUGAAGUAUUUCUACUUUUCUUUGGUGUUGCUGAGAGUUGGAGCCUUAUAUUGCCAGUACUACGUUGAUGUCAGACAAAGAUGUUGCUAUAUUAUCAGAAUAAAUAUUGUUUUGAGCUCUAGCUAGUGGAAGUGUUUGGGUCUGUAGCCAACCUUUGUAAUAAACUAAAUAAAGUGCAGUUUAAAUGUUCAGACCUUGUAAAUGGAGUUUUUCUGUGGUUUCAAAGCGCUGUGAUUCUUUUUUCUUAAUGGUGAUUAAAGUGUUUAAAGUAUAAAGCCUCUGUA